AUGGGCUUAAGGAUUCGUUGUUGUCAACCCUCGAAGUGCCUCGUCAAAACUGUGCUUGUUGACUCGUCCGUCUGCGACAGGGAGGCGAGCGCCGAGUGCCUGCCGCUGCGCAGCAACUCGGUCGCUCUGGUGUCGGCGGUGAACGCCAUCCAGUGGUUCGACCAGGACGCCUUCUUCUCCGAAGUGCGCCGCGUGCUAGUCGAGAACGGCGUCCUCUUCGUGGCCAUGCACCACCUGAGGGCCCUGCUCGAACCCGGCAUGGACAACUGGCUCUUCCAGCUGAGGAAAGAGAAGUUCUCGGACUACUUGCUGUCUCGCCACAUGUACUGGGAUGAGGGAUACGACAGCAUCAAGGUCCCCUUCAAGGGCGUACGGAGGAAGACGAUGCUGAACAAGAGCAAGCUCACGGUGUCGGCCGUGAUGGACAACAUCAACACGUGGAGCUUGGUGAUCAUGAUGCGCGAGCAAGAGCCGGCAAGGGCCGAGGCCACGCUCGCCGAAUUCAGGGACAGGCUCCUGUCAAAGACGCACCAGCACCCCGGGCAAGACGCGGUGAUAAACGUCGCCUUCAUGACGUCAUACGUUAUGUGCAGGAAAUAAUUGCUCCAGAGAUUCGCG